UAAGAGGUAACUCUUAGCAAAAAUACGGAGUUGUGGUUCUUGUUGUUUUAUACUGGAGUCUCUGUGUCUAAUGUUUCUCUGUGUUUACAGCUGAGGUUCUGAUCGGAAAAGAUGACAGAAAGUCAAGGAGUUAGUGCCUUCCCUUUGCCACCUAUGCAGUAUAUUAAUAACUAUAGUGAUGAAAACAUCAGAAAGGGUCGUGCACCUCUACCACCACCACUGAUGAUGGACACCUAUUCAAUGUUUGGUGCAACAUUCACAGCUGAUGAUGCCAUCAUCCGUCCAUUAGAAGCAUCUGGCAUUAGACGUCUUUAUCCUCAAGCUUAUGACCACAAACGAGAGCUAAAGAAACUGAAUCACUCCAUUCUUAUCAACUUCCUUGACCUUAUUGAGAUCCUGAUACGAAGUCCUGACUCCCCAAAGCGUGUAGAGAAGCUGGAAGACUUGAGCUUGCUUUUCAUCAACAUGCACCAUUUGGUAAAUGAGUUCCGGCCACAUCAGGCACGUGAGACAUUGCGUGUUAUGAUGGAUGAACAGCGAAAACAACGUAGUGAGAUUGCAGAGAAGUUUCAGGACAAUCUUGAUCAUGUGUUACAGCUUAUUGAGUCAGCUGUAGGAGCAAUUCCAGAAGACCUAAGCCUUGAUUCCAAACUUUUGGUUGAAAGCCAGCUAUUGCAGGCAACAGCUGAGGUUAAGGAUGACUCUGCUGAUGAUGGUCACAUUGACAGUCUGGAUCAGAUGAUGUGCAAAAUUGUGGAUGAUAUGACAUAGACAGUGGUGGAUAGCCAAAGAAAACCACUUUUUUUCUGGCUUCAAGAACUUCUAUUUAACUGGAAAUAAUAAAAGUACCUCAGUUUUUUGGUAACUGCUGUAGA